CAGUAUUUUAUUCUCGAUGCAUAUUACAACAGUAUGGCUAUUGCAUUGGGCCUAGGAUGCGUGCGAAGACGCGUUCAUCACGUGAGCGCGUUGUCUGUGAGCGCUUGUUUUCUCCUCUACUUGUUGAAAUUGCGCAGACCAUCCUGCAGUUACUUGACACUAUUGUCAGUAUCCCGUGGACAUAAGAUGGGGAACUCCAUACUGAUGGUCUGCACGCACCUGACGCGUGGUUACGCACUGCCUUCGGUUAACAUGGAGAAAGUUUUUAACUGUACGUACCUUCCGCGUGUUACCCGAAGAUUUAGAAUUUGACUGCGUUGCUCGAGAUUCGUGGACUAUAUCAACUUUGCAGAGUAUCCAACGCGUUUUGGGCCCUUGGGAUGCUACAUCGUCCGUCGAGCCUUGGUAAAAUCACGACGAUAUGGAUUGGCCUAAGACAUUGUGGAAGCUACCCACAAUCCACACGAUUAAUCAACGAAAUGGAUCCGUAUUAGGU